UCUCUCUCUCUCUCACACACACACACACACACAUACACACUCACACACCCACCAUGGAAACGGCAAUUUUUCAGCCUAGUGUGAGCGCAGACGCUUAAUGUGUUGGGGUUUCUGGGAGCAGAUGAUCCUCUAUGACUCGUAUUAACCUCAUGCACCAGAGGGUGUGUGUGUGUGCUACAUUGAAUGGAGGUGAUUCUGUUAGUGCUACACUAGCAGGAAUUCCAGCGUAUCUCACCGCCGCUCAUCUCACCGCCAUGUGUAAUGGAUCUUUAUCUCCAGCACACCUGAUUCAAGCUCUCAGCUUCACCACAGGGAAGUGGAGUGUUUAUGAAGGGCCAUGCCUUUUGGCUGCUUAACGCUCGGGGAGAAGAAGGACUACAACAGUCCCACAGACAUCACAGACAGAUAUGAUCUCGGCCAGAUUGUUAAAUCGGAAGAGUUCUGCGAGAUCUUUCGAGCCAAGGACAAGACAACAUCGAAAAUGUACACCUGCAAAAAGUUCAUGAAGAAGGAUGGACGGAAAGUGCGCAAGGCUGCCAAGAAUGAGAUAUUCAUCCUGAAGAUGGUGAAGCAUCCUAACAUUCUGCAGCUGGUGGAUGUCUAUGAGACAAGAAAAGAAUAUUACCUCUUCCUGGAGCUUGCUACAGGGCGCGAGGUGUUUGACUGGAUCCUUGACCAGGGAUACUAUUCCGAGAAGGACACCAGCAACGUGGUCCGGCAGGUGCUGGAGGCUGUGGCGUACCUGCACUCCCUCAACAUUGUCCACCGCAAUCUGAAGUUGGAGAAUCUGGUAUACUACAACCGGCUGAAGCACUCCAAAAUCGUUAUCAGUGAUUUCCAUUUGGCCAAGCUGGAGAAUGGGCUGAUUAAAGAACCCUGUGGGACUCCGGAGUACCUGGCUCCAGAGGUGGUUGGGAGACAGAGAUACGGCCGACCCGUGGACUGCUGGGCUCUGGGAGUGAUCAUGUACAUACUACUUUCUGGCAAUCCUCCGUUCUAUGAUGAAGCAGACGACGACGAUUAUGAAAACCAUGACAAGAACCUGUUCCGCAAAAUCCUAGCGGGAGAUUACGAGUUUGACUCUCCGUACUGGGACGAAAUCUCCGACUCAGCUAAAAGUUUAGUGGCGCGUCUCAUGGAGGUCGACCAGGACCAGAGGCUCACGGCGCAGGAGGCCAUCAACCAUGAAUGGAUAUCCGGAAAUGCUGCCUCAGAUAAAAACAUCAAGGAGAAUGUGUGCGCGCAGAUGGAGAAGAAUUUUGCGAGAGCCAAGUGGAAGAAAGCCGUUCGAGUGACGACCAUCAUGAAGAGGCUGAGAGCUCCGGAGCACCAGCAACCUGCCGCUGCAGCUCAGCCUGGUGAAGGAGCACUGAACCCUGCAGGAGCAGCGCAGGAAAAUCCCCAGGCUCCAGCAGAGGCCUCCACAUCCCCCGCAGGCACAGAGCCCCCUGCUGGACUGGAGGCUCCUCACGCAGAAGCUUCUUCAUCGCGGUGCAACGGCGAAUCCCCCGCUCCCCUGUCUCUCGCCACACAGACCGGAGACGAGCAGAACAGUUAAAUCUGUCCCUCUGUGCAGUCUUACCCUCAUCCCCCACAGCAAACCCUCAGCUCUGUAAAUUAGCAUCUAGCAUGGUCACCCUGCGCCUGCUUCGCUCUCACGCUAACAUUAGCAGCGCCAGUGGCGUCUCGCCGAGCCUCGUCAACGUCUUUUCCUGAGCUUUGUCUUUUCUCGUUACAAAAGCCGCACUUGCAAAUACUACAAGCCAUACCAUCACGUACUCGCUAAAAACACAGAUACACGCUGCGCUAAACAUGCGUUACACACAGAUUUAAGUACAUGAAUGAACAGAAAAGGGAAUUACUUUGCCCAGUUUGGGAUCUUUCAUUUUUUUUUAGUAAACAAUCUCUUUGAUGUUCGCCUUACACUAUUUGUCAGAUAUUAUACUAUUUGUAUAACUCAGAGGCACCAGCAUCAAGAUUAGUUAUUAGUGUAGAAGCAGUAAAUACAUCUCCUGACUCUGAAAUUCAAAAAUGAAUUCACUCAGCAGUAAAGCAGUGAUGUCACCGAAAGGGAAAGGACGGCUCUGCUUCUGUUAGAGGUGGAUAAACCUGAGCAGCUGCUUGUUGUUAGUCUGCGACUCCGCUGAAUCUUGUGAUGGGUGAUAGCGCCUCUGCGUUCAGCUUCGCUCCUGUGCUCAGGAAAUCACGCCGUGGCUCGUUAGCGAUUGUAAAAAUUCCUGUAAAUACUAAAUACCAGAGAGACGUAGCCAAAAACAGCAUGCGUUUUACAAUUUAUUGUUCAUUUCAUACAAGUCCUGCCAACCUGUGUCUCGACAACCACGUGCGACUAUUGGCCUUACACGCAGUGUUCAGUCCCUCCUGGUUCAGCCAUUUCUACACCAUAUUUAUAGAUUUAAAUAUCACACAAACAUGACAUUUAUACAGAAAAUGCGCUAUAAGCUACACUUUAGCUAUCCAGGCUGCAGCAGGUUUACUAUUUAUGGGAUCUGACUGGAACGAGACACACAGCUAGCUUUAGAUCUGCACGCUAGCUUAACCAGUCAGAACACAGUAUGUUGUUCACAUGGGUUGUUACUGCGUUGUAAAAAGAAUGUUUUUGUUUUUGUAAAUGUAAUUUACUACAGCAUUAAGCCCUGCUUUGCUAAUAACACUACUCUUACUGAUUGUUCGUUAGAAGUAACGUCUUGGGUAUUUUAGCUCCUAUGCAUUCAAGCUCAUCAGCCUGUGUGCGUUAAACCCGAUGUGACGUCAGACUCACACACCUGUGUUUAUUAAGUGUUUAUUAGAACAAACUGUUCACGAAACCUUUCAGCCAGGACAUGUUUGGUGGCUUGCGCUUGCUUUUUAGAGACAAAGCUGAUGUAGUAAAAAUCUUUUUACUUUAAAACACAGCAGAGGACGGAGACUGAGCGAGCUUUGGGGUUGAAACCAAAUGGCAUUUACAAAAAAAUAAUGGCUGUCCAAGAUGGUGUCCAAGAUGGACACAAUGACAUCUGAAGCAUCCUGGCUAAUAACUCGACAAAAAUGUCGUGGCUGAUCAAAUAUAUUUACACAGUGCUGGUUAUUUAUUUUAUUUAUUUAUUUGUUUGUUUGUUUAAAACUCUUCCUUUAAUCCUGUACCCCACGCUUAAAACGUGCUCAGUUUCCAAUUCCCUUUCUAUCUUUGCUCCAAAAUACUAACACAUAACACAAAUCUCUAAACAGAAGAAUAAACAAAUAAUAUAAUAUUUUAUUGUGAGUUAAAUAAAUGUCUCCAUUAAAACUUUCGAAUUUCUAUAAACAGACGUCGCUGCAUUGUUGCCCAGUUUUCUGUUCUGCUUCUUUCACUGCGUGUUGAAUAUUUUUUUGGUAUCUAUUCAGACAUUUCCAUGCAUUUUAGCAUGAAGUACACACACGCCAUGAAUGUGUGCAUGCGUGUGUGUGUGUGUCAGGGGAAAGUGACAGGAGUGAGAGUGUAUUCAGCAUAAACCAGAGCAAUAGUUGACCUACUGCGAUACUGUGACGCGUGUCCCUGCUGUUCGCUCUUGCGCUUUGCAAACGGACUCAAUGUGCUGAUGUUAGUGUCAGAAUCACGGGAAGUUCACCACGUCUGCAUUCCGGACCUGUUUUACUGAGCCCUCGUCAACCCAAACUGUGCCCUGAUAGACACCGCAUUACACUGUUACACUGCUGUAUUACCUUUCAGAGGUACUGCAUUCACAAAACACUGCAUUUAUGAUGUGUUAGCUUUACAAAGUAUUGCGCUUAUGAAGUAUUGCCUUUGCGAAGUACUGCAUUCAUAAAGCACUGUGUUUACAAAAUGCUAUGUUCACAAAAUAUUUAUAUCCUGAAGUAUUGCAUUUACGAAGUUUUACCUUUAUGAAGUAUAACAUUUAAGAAGUACUGAGCUUACAAAGUAUCACAUUUACAAAGUACUGCUUUUAAUGAAGUAUUACAAUUACGAAGAAUUGUGUUAACGAAGUAUUGCAUUUAUGAAAUAUUGCAUUUACAAAGUAUUUUAUUUACAUAGUUUUACCUUACAAAGUUUACACUGUGUUUAUGAAGUAUUACAUUUAUGAAGAAUUGCGUUUAUGAAGUUUAACAUUUAUGAACUUUUACAUUUCGGAAGUAUUGCAUUUACAAAGUAUUUACGAAAUAUUACAUGGACGAUGCUUGGAAUUUAAAGCUAUGUUAAAGACUAGCAGGUAUCAAGUCACUAGUGUCUUUUGUGGUGCAUGUAGCGAACACUGCUCUUGUUUUUUGUGGGCGUGGCCUAUCCUGCCUAUCCUCUUUUAUUAAACUAGCUGUUUGUAAACUAGUCACAUAACUCUUCUUUACAGCGUCGUUUCUAAUUUGUGCAGAAUUUAUAUUUAAAAAAAUUCAACUGAAAUGUCGUUUGUUACAAAUGUUACUUUCACGUUUGCAGAAAACGUUAGUCGCUUGCUCAUGUAAAGCAGCGUAGCCUCAACACUGUAGAUCUUCUGAAGAAUUCCUCGCAAUCCAACAGUAAACGUGAUAAAGAAGCAAUAAAGAAGAACUGACGAUAAUGUAGCCAACCUGCCAAUAUAGGGAGCUUUCUCGCUUUAUCCUGCUAGCUUGUUAGUGUGGCAGGUAGUUAGCUGGCUAAUACAGCUACACACUAAGGGCACGGGUCAUACCUCUGGCCAGAGAAUUCUUUAGCUCCUGCUGUGGAAAUCAGGUGUCCAUGCUAACGCUACAUGCUACACGCUUGCUGCAUGCUAGUUUUGACCUUGAUGUUUCGACUUGACAAGGGAAAAAAUGGCUCUGGAAUGUGGCCGUGGCUUAAAAUCCUGUUUCUGUCCACUGAACUUCCUGUGAUGUGACUUUAGGGAACGUUAAGGGCCUGGAGGCUUGUGCUAGGCGAAAACAGAAAGUAAAUGCAGCUGAUGCUAGCGGCUGUGUCUAAGCUGCAGUCACCUAUAAGACUUUCUGGUUUAGUUUUAAACGCUCACUUCUUGUUUUUUCUUCUGUGGGUUUACCACAGAAACCAAAUUUAAUCGCAUACUUUUUACAGAUUAACCCACAGGCAGGUUUGAAGUGAAUUCGCAGAUUUUUUUCCCCCAAAUUCGACACUUUCUUGUGUAAAAACAGAACCACGUGGUGUCAAUCAGCAAGGGUUUUCAGGCUAGCGUAGCGGCUCGGUGAAAAGAAACGUAGCAGAACAAAUGGAAGAGGCUUUAGAUGACGAUGUGGUUGUGUUUUGUGGAGGUUGUGUUUGUGGAUUUCAUCGAGAAAGUGUGUGUUUGUGCUGAAUUCUGGUUUACAUGUGUGUAACAUCCAUCUUUACACUUUACAAAAAGGGAAAUCUGUGUGUGUGUGUGUGUGUGUGUGUACACAUAUAAAUCGAUAUAUUAAUCAGUGCUGGGUUUCUUCAUUGUUGAUUUAUUUCCUGUUUAUUUGUCUUCAUGGAUCUUUCAUGUUCUUGUAUAUUAUUUGAAAAUGUUCAGAUGAAUAAAAUUGUUCCGUGUUUUCGUUUGAUUUGAAAGCGAUAACCAAGAGGGUUCUAGUAAAACUUUUUAACGUUACGUGUCGGUGAAAGAUUUUUACAGAAUUCAUGUUAACUCACUUAGACCGCGACAAAAUACUGUGUUUUUACUCAAAGCAAUGCUUUUCUAGCGCAGAGCGUCUGCAGCGUCGCGUCUGUCUCUCUCUCUCUCCAGCUGAUGAGUUUUUCUUUCCUUGUUGUAGUCGAUCCCGUGAUUCAUCUGGAGCUGUCUCUCUCUCUCUCUCUCUCUCUCUCCAUUCUUCUCAGUUUCAUCUGUGUGAUUGAUGGUAAUAAAUGAAAAAAAAAAAACC